AUGAAUACCGGAGCAGAUUCAUACAUAUGAUGAAUACCGCCGUCGAUCCCAUUUUGCUGUACCGUGAUAAAAUCUAGAACUUCUUUCAGCGUCUCCGAACACUUGCAUUCGUCUCACCUUCUCUUCAUCUUCAAUGGCCGAUCCCGGCUUCUCUAGCACCAAAAGGGACCCAAUUAAAUCAUCUGUUGGGAAUGCUGCGGGUAUAAGAAGACGGGAACAUGCAGUUACAGUUGGGAAAGAAAGGAGGGAAUCAUUGGUUCGGGCAAAACGACUUUGUAGGGUUGGAAUUAGUGAUGUUGAAGUUGAUGUUGAAAGUGAUAUGAUGAUUGAUGAAGAACAAUCUAUUUUGGAGUCUCAAACUUCAUUGGCAGUUCAAAAUUUGAAAUCUGCUCUUGCUUAUCAGGGGAAGGGUGCAAUGCAGAAAAGAGUAGGCGCCCUUCAAAAAUUAAGGCGUUUACUGUCAAGAUCUGAAUUCCCUCCUGUUGAGUCUGCUCUUAAAGCUGGAGCUGUUGCCAUACUAGCACAAUGUCUUUCAUUUGGUUCUCCAGAUGAACAGUUGCUUGAAGCUGCCUGGUGUCUUACAAAUAUUGCUGCAGGGAAUCCAGAAGAAACAAAAGCUUUGCUUCCUGCAUUGCCUUUGCUUAUUGCUCACCUCGGGGAAAAGAGUUCCUCACCUGUUGCCGAACAGUGUGCUUGGGCACUAGGAAAUGUGGCUGGUGAUGAUGAAGAGUUGAGGAAUGUUCUUCUAAUUCAAGGGGCAUUAAUACCUCUUGCAAGAAUGAUGCUACCAUACAGACGUUCAACUGUUAGAACGGCUGCCUGGGCUUUGUCUAAUCUAAUCAAGGGUCCAAAUCCUAAAGCUGCUAACGAACUCAUUUGUGUUGAUGGAGUUUUGGAUGCAAUUGUUCGACACUUGACAAAAGCGGAUGAUGAAUCGGCAACUGAAGUAGCAUGGGUAGUUGUUUACCUAUCGGCACUUUCAAACAUAGCUACCAGCAUGCUGGUGAAGAGUGAUGUACUUCAGUUGCUUGUAAAUAGAUUGGCGACCUCAAACAGUUUACAAUUAAUGAUUCCGGUUUUGCGAAGUUUAGGUAAUCUUAUUGCUGGUGAUUCCCAUGCAACUUAUACUGUUCUUUCACCUGGACUUGCAGUUACAGAUAAUGCCAUACAAGUCAUGAUAAAAUGUCUGAAAAGUGAACAAAGGGUCUUAAAGAAGGAAGCAGCCUGGGUGCUGUCUAAUAUAGCUGCUGGUUCUGUUGAGCACAAGCAGUUGAUAUAUUCUAGUGAGGCAGUGCCUUUGCUAUUACACCUUCUUUCUGCCGCCCCGUUUGAUAUAAGAAAGGAAGUUGCUUACAUAUUGGGCAACCUUUGUGUUGCCCCAACUAAAGGUGAUGAGAAGUCAAGUCUGAUCUUGGAGCAUCUUGUUUCACUUGUUGAAAAAGGAUGCUUGCCAGGUUUUAUAGAUUUGGUUAGAUCUGCUGAUAUUGAAGCUGCUAGGCUAGGGCUACAGUUUAUAGAGCUGGUCUUGAGGGGGAUGCCAAAUGGAAAGGGCCCAAAACUUGUAGAACAAGAAGAUGGGAUUGAAGCCAUGGAAAGAUUUCAGUUUCACGAAAAUGAAGAUUUGCGAACUAUGGCAAAUAGUUUAGUUGACAAGUAUUUCGGAGAGGACUACGGGCUUGAUGAGUUGUAGGGGUAAGAAUAGCAUGAUCACAAUCGUUUUUGCCCUUGUAAUUGCAUUCCCUUGCCUCGGCUCCAUGUCAUAAGUAUCAAUUGAGAUUUUUGGUAAAAUCUUUUCUGCGGCUUGUGUUUAUACUCUUUUCAUUGAUCUUGUGAUAAACUGGAAGUGUAAUUUUUUGUAUUCGGUUCAAGUUUUCUUACUAUGUGAUUGAGUACUGAAAAAGAUACCAGUUGCGACUGAGACAGGACACGUGAAGAGCACAAUGUGAAAAACAUAAUAAGACUUGGGGUGUUUAAUGUGAUGGAUCAAUCAGAUGGAUGAGAUACUUCUUUCUCCUCUUCCUCUUCCACAACAAACUGCCAUAUCUCUUCAUCUGUUGAUCACCUUUGCUUUUUCUUCACCGUAGAAAUUCUUAUUGUAAGUUUCAAAUAGCUUGUAUUUGGAUUGUGUUUUACCGGACAAACAGAAGAAAAAGAACACACUAAAAGCAAAUCAUAGCACCACAAUAAACUCCCAAACCAGCCCCCUAAAAACAGAGCAGAAAACAACACAGCAGAUGUUUUCAUCAUUCACCUGUUGUCAUGCUUUCAAUGCGUUGCAGACUGCCGGAUAGUGUUGCUGACUGCCGUGUAUCCCGCUAUUGCAUCGCCGGUCACCGUGAAUAAGAGCCAUCCAUGUUGGUGGUGUCGUGGGAUUCAAAGUCAUUGAUGACUGCUGUGUAUACCACCACUACAUUGCCGGUCACCGUGAAUACUUUUCAAUUUAGAUUUAGGGAUUUAGUCAACAGAUGUAAAUAUACUUGCGGUCAUACACUUUUCAUUGAUCUUGUGAUAAACUGGAAUUGUAAUUUUUUGUA